UUUUUCUUUUUCUUUUUCAUUUCUCUUCUCUUCUCUUCUCUUCAUGUCUCCAUCGCCAUCUUGAGGUUUGUUCCUUUUUCUUUUCCUUCUUAUUUUUAUUAUUAUUUAUUAUUAUUAUUAUUGUUAUUAUGCUUUCCCUUUUUUGCUUUUGGGAGGAGAAGAAGAAGAAGAAGAAGCAUUGACAGUGAAACUAUUAGCUACCAUUCUUUUUUGAUUUCUCUGAUUCUCUCUCUUAUUCUCUGAUCCUACAUUCUCCAAAUUUGUUUUUUUUUAAUCCAAUUCAUAGCCAUUUCUUCAAUUCAAACGUAUCUGAGUCUGAGAUAGGUUUUGCAGUUAAGUUAUUCCUAUUUUUCCUGUUUAAGUCAGUGCUUUUCUUUGUCAUCAAAUUUUGUGGGGCUCUAUCUGUUUGUUGAAAAACCCCAAACAGCACAAAAAAUGAAAGAUUUUCCUACUUGUUUUGGUGAAAAUGGUGUUCAAGUUGCUGAUUCUUCAUCUUCAACUGCAACUAAAAAUGCACAAAACAACAUGGUUACUUGUGUUUAUCAAUGCCGGAUACGUGGUAGGUCGUGUCCGAUUACUGUCAAUUGGAGUAAGAAUUUGGUGGGUCAACUUCUCACUGUUGGGAUCCAUGAUUGUCUUUGUAAGGUGGAUAUCAAACCCUGGGUUUUCUCCAAGAAGAAAGGUUGUAAGAGUCUAGAGGCGUUUUCUGCCAAAAUUGAUGUCUUUUGGGAUCUUUCUUCUGCUAAAUUUGGUUCAGGGCCUGAACCAUUGGAAGGGUUUUAUGUUGGAGUUGUUGUCGAUCGACAGAUGGUUCUUCUUCUCGGGGAUUUGAGGAAAGAAGCUUUCAAGAAAACCAAUGCUGUUCCGUUGCCUUCUAAUUCAAAUGCUGCUGUUUUAGUAGCCAAGAAAGAACAUGUUUUUGGUAAGAAGUUGUAUGGUACCAAGGCUGUGUUUUGUGACAAUGGUCAGAUUCAUGAUCUUGUGAUUGAAUGUGAUACAACAAGUGGUGUUAGUGAUCCGUGCCUUAUAAUUCGCAUAGACAGCAAGAUUGUGAUGCAAGUGAAACGGUUGAGAUGGAAGUUCAGGGGGAAUCAUACUAUCCUUGUUGAUGGUCUUGCUGUGGAAGUUUUCUGGGACGUUCAUAAUUGGCUCUUUGGUACUUCUCUUGCAGAUGCUGUCUUUAUGUUCAGGACGUGCCCCUCCGCGGAAAAAUUGUGGACUACACAACCCCUUUCUUCUGAUGAUGCUAAUAUGCUGCAGUGGUCUUUCUCUGAGAGGUUUUCUGAGACCAGAUUGCAAGGUCUUAGUUUCUCACUUAUUUUGUAUGCCCGGAAGAAUGUGUAGAGAUGCAGAAAUCCAUUAUAUAUUUAUAAUACUAACAGACAUCUUAGUGAGUUUUUUAUAUAUGUUUAUUUAUCAACCAUGUCACUGAAAUACAGUUGACAGAAAAUGAGUCUUUAGUUUUGUUUCUCUCACUCCCCCUGUUAAAUUUGCAUACUCAAUUAGCUGAUUAGCUGAGCUAUUUCAACAGAUCAGGGGCUUUUGUUUUGGCAACCCAUAUGGCUGUAUAUUUUGCCUUGAGGUGAUAAUUUUAUGGUCCAUUUUGUUUGAAGUUUGUUUCCUGUGUUAUUCAGCUAAGUACUGAGAUUUUACAAACUGAUAGUACAUGUCUGUACUUUUAAUUAGUAUGUACAUACCUAUUAAUUAUAUACAGUUCCGGGUUGCCAUAUAUUUUAA